AGAUAGCAAGCGUAGCAGCUUCGACGCGGGCAUGAUGCAGUUUGAGCAGCUGCUGAACAAUCGCACGUUCCUCCUCGUCCUCAUCAACACACUCGAGAACCAGAAGGGCUUCAGCAUCCGUGACAAGGUUAAUGUGGCUUCACUGCUUAUGAUCGCCUUCAUCAACAAGAUGGAUUACGCCACUGAGAUCCUCAAGUCGCUCCUGCGUCUGCUAAUCGCUCGCUCUGUGGAGAAGAAGCAUCCGCAGCUGAUGCUGCGUAGGACUGAGUCGGUGGUGGAGAAGAUGCUAACCAACUGGAUGGCUCUCUGUAUGUACAACUACCUGAGGGAGUAUGCGGGAAGGCCGUUGUUCAUGCUGUUCAAGGCGAUCAAGCACCAGAUGGAGAAGGGACCGGUGGAUUAUGUGACGAGUGAUGCUCGAUACUCCCUUAGUGAGGACAGACUGCUGCUAGAGAAAACAGAUCACAGCGUGCUGGUAUGUAAGUGGCGCCACGGUCGGGGCGGCCACCUGGUGUUGAUGGAUGAGGACGUGACGUCAGAGAGCAGUAACGGCUGGCAUCGCAUCAACCGUCUGCGUCACUACAACGUGCCGGACGGAGCCGUCAUGGCGCUCGUGCCGCGCCAGAACGAGCUGAACGCGCGCGGAGGAGGAGGAGGAGGAGGCGGAGGAGGAGGAGGGGUGCACAUCAACGGCUCGCACAACUACCACAACUUCUACUUUUCAGCGACUCUCAACCACCUGCACAGUCUCGGCUUCCCCAAGAGCCUCACGACUCCUAUACUGCAGCAGCACAGCGACGAGGAGAAGACCAGCGCCAAGGUCUGGCACCUGGUGAAGCCGGUGGAUGAGCAUUACAAGGAUAAGCAUCCACACAACAAGUCGUGCAUAUCGGAGAUCUUUCUCACAAGGUUGCUAGCUACGAAGGGAACGAUCCAGAAGUUUGUCGACGACUUCUUCCAGACGGUGUUGUCUGCGAACAAGGUUCUGCCGAUCACCGUCAAGUAUCUGUUUGACUUCCUCGAUGAAGAGUCCAUGAGACAUCAGAUGUGCGAUCCAGACGUAGCGUACGCGUGGAAGAGCAACAGGCCCGCGCUUCGUUUCUGGGUGAACUUCAUCAAGCAACCUUCGGACUUUGUGUUUCGAUCGCUGAAUCAAA